GCGCGGGAUCAUGGCGCUGGCAUUGCCCGAGCCGCCGUGGCCGGCCAGCCUGUCACCGCUGAAGGCCGUGGACGAUCUGCUGCGCUGUGGGAUUUGCUUCGAUUACUUCAGCAUCGCAGUGAUCAUCCCGCAAUGCUCCCAUAACUAUUGCUCCCUGUGCAUACGCAAGUUUUUGUCCUACAAAACUCAGUGUCCAACGUGCUGUGUGGCUGUCUCGGAGUCUGACCUGAAAAACAACCGGGCCUUAGAUGAGCUGGUAAAGAGCUUCAGUUCUGCAAGGCAACAGCUGGUCCAGUUGGUCUUGGAUACACCACUGAUUUCAUCUCCAUUGGCUUGUAGUAGGCGUGCAAUUGGCAAAAGCCACGCCAAGACUUCCGCGUCUUCGCCAGUUGUGAAAGAAGAGGUGCCAGUGAUUGACAGUUUGUUGAAAAAGGAGAAUGUUUGUACCCUGACAAAGACAGAUGGUCUGGCAGGAACAGAUUGGAAAGUUUGCAAAACCGAGGAACAUCGUAACAUCAGCAGCAGUUCUCCAGAGGCUGCUAGCAGAGACAACAAAGCAGGACCACGAGGGAGUCCUGAAGGCACCAACAGUGGUGAGAAGCCUUCUACAUCUGUGGUAAAAAUAGUCAACAAAGUGGACUGCCCUGUUUGUGGAGUUGCUAUUCCAGAGGCAUACAUCAACAAACACCUGGAUAGCUGCCUGAGCAGGGAGGAAAAGAAGGACCGCCUGAGGAGUUCAGCUCACAAAAGGAAGCCUAUGCCUAAAGUUGUUUACAACUUGCUCUCUGAUCGUGACUUGAAGAGGAAGCUGAAGGAGCAAGGACUGUCUUCCCGUGGGAGCCGUCAGCAGCUCGUUAAAAGGCACCAAGAAUUUGUGCACAUGUAUAAUGCUCAGUGUGAUUCUCUACAUCCCAAAUCGGUUGCAGAGAUUGUUAAAGAGCUGGAAAAGAAUGAGAAGAUUCGGGUUCAGCUUGAACUGAAUAAAAGCGGUGAAAACAGCCUGACCUUUACAAAGGACCAGACAGAGGAGGAAAUAGAUGAGAUUCACACCAGUUAUCGAAACAAACACAGAAGCGAAUUUCAAUUUUUAGUGGAUCAAGUAAAAAAUCGGUGGGAGAAAAGUGGUAAGAGGAAAACAGAAAGCACACAAAAGAAAAAAGAAGGCACUUUCAUAGGAUUACCAGCAGGCACAGGGGAAGAUCCUGAAGAGCAUCACUCAGCUGCAGCCCUUGGAGAAGCCCAGGUUCUCGAACCAGGAACUCCUGAUGGCAAAAGUGACCCUCGUUCCCCAGAGGAAGGGCAGGGCUCGGUCUCCCUUGCUUUCUCAGAGUCAUCUGGAUCAUCGAGCAGCUCCAGUUCAGACAUCUUGAGAGAUCUGGAAGCUGAGAUUUGUUCGGUGCCCUCUGACAGCAACUGUCUUCUGGACCUGAGAACUAGCAAGAGGAAGGCGUGCCAGUCCCAGCUGCCAGGAGGGGAUCGACUGCUUCCCAGGAGCAAGAGGAAGAAGAGCUGAUGCUGUGGGGCCACUGGGCUUAGGUAGUGCAGAAGGCUUAAGGCUGAGAAGUGCUUCUUAGACUUCUCCUGCUUGCAGUGUAUCAGCGUACUUAAUAAGGUGUUGAAUUCUUGCAUAACUGCCAAUCAGGCUGCCUUAAAAUAACCAAGUGAGUGCACAGGCACUUGUGUUUGCAGCACUGUGCCCCAUAACUGUAAUGCUGCUGGGGUGCUGGGUGAGCCCUCCUGCAGCCAAGCAGUGGUUCUGUGUGGCGCUGCAGCCCUGCCCUGCUCACAUGUGCAGUGCCUGCAGUGUGGGCUUUGCAGGCUGUGGUUGCAUGGAAACCCUUCCCCCCUUUGAGCACCACACUAGAAGGGCAAUAGAUUUGUUUGAUUUGGUGUAAUUUGGUUUUCUGCUAGUGAAAUAAACUGUAAACUCAAACUGCAGAAA